GGCGGUGCCCGCGCGUCGUCAGUUGGGUCAGUGCCGCCGCCUCGCACGGAGCUGGGCGCUCCUUCUCCCUCACACGGAAGCCUCUCGCUCCGCGCCGAAGCUCCCGCGCCAUAGAGAAUAGUAUGGUGGAUUACCACGCUGCCGGGCAACCUUCUUAUCAGUACGGCGGCAACGGACCGGGCAUCGGCGACUACAUGGCUCAAGAGGACGACUGGGACCGGGACCUCCUGCUCGACCCAGCCUGGGAGAAGCAGCAGCGCAAGACUUUCACAGCAUGGUGCAACUCUCACCUGCGGAAAGCCGGCACGCAGAUUGAGAACAUCGACGAAGAUUUCCGUGAUGGCCUGAAGCUCAUGUUGCUACUGGAGGUCAUUUCAGGGGAGCGGUUACCGAAACCGGAGAGAGGAAAGAUGAGGGUACACAAGAUCAACAACGUGAACAAAGCUCUCGAUUUCAUCGCAAGCAAAGGAGUCAAGCUGGUUUCCAUAGGAGCUGAAGAAAUCGUUGACGGCAAUGCAAAGAUGACCCUCGGCAUGAUCUGGACCAUCAUCCUCAGAUUCGCCAUCCAGGACAUCUCCGUAGAAGAGACUUCGGCCAAGGAAGGCCUCUUGCUCUGGUGCCAGAGGAAGACUGCACCCUACAAGAACGUCAACGUACAGAACUUCCACAUAAGCUGGAAAGACGGCCUUGCAUUUAAUGCCUUGAUCCACAGACACAGACCAGAACUCAUUGAGUAUGACAAGCUCAGAAAGGAUGAUCCAGUCACGAAUCUGAACAACGCUUUUGAGGUCGCUGAGAAGUACCUUGACAUUCCCAAGAUGUUGGAUGCAGAAGACAUUGUCAACACGGCCCGGCCCGAUGAGAAGGCCAUUAUGACCUAUGUCUCCAGCUUCUACCAUGCCUUCUCUGGCGCUCAGAAGGCUGAGACGGCUGCAAACCGGAUUUGCAAAGUGUUGGCCGUGAACCAGGAGAAUGAGCACCUGAUGGAAGACUACGAGAAGCUGGCUUCCGACCUGCUGGAGUGGAUUCAGCGCACCAUCCCCUGGCUGGAGAACCGCGUCCCGCAGAAGACCAUCCAGGAGAUGCAGCAGAAGCUGGAGGAUUUCCGCGACUACCGGCGGGUUCACAAGCCCCCCAAGGUGCAGGAGAAGUGCCAGCUGGAGAUCAACUUCAACACCUUGCAGACCAAGCUGCGGCUAAGCAACCGGCCGGCCUUCAUGCCCUCCGAGGGGAAGAUGGUCUCGGACAUUAAUAAUGGCUGGCAGCACUUGGAGCAGGCCGAGAAAGGCUACGAGGAGUGGCUGCUGAACGAGAUCCGGAGGAUGGAGAGGCUGGACCACUUGGCCGAGAAGUUCAGGCAGAAGGCGUCGAUCCAUGAAAGCUGGACUGAAGGUAAAGAGACCAUGCUGCGGCAGAAGGACUAUGAGACGGCCACCCUGUCGGAUAUCAAGGCCCUGAUCCGGAAGCACGAGGCUUUUGAGAGCGAUCUGGCGGCUCACCAGGACCGCGUGGAGCAGAUAGCGGCCAUCGCGCAGGAGCUCAAUGAGUUGGACUACUACGACUCUCCCAGUGUCAACACCCGGUGCCAGAAGAUCUGUGACCAGUGGGACUCGCUAGGAUCCUUGACCCACACACGGAGGGAAGCCUUGGAGAAAACAGAGAAGCAGCUGGAGACCAUUGACCAGCUCCACCUGGAAUAUGCCAAGCGGGCAGCGCCCUUCAACAACUGGAUGGAGAGUGCCAUGGAGGACCUGCAGGACAUGUUCAUCGUCCACACCAUCGAGGAAAUCGAGGGCUUGAUUGCAGCCCAUGACCAGUUCAAGUCCACCCUGCCCGACGCGGACAAGGAGCGUGAGGCUAUCCUGGGCAUCCAGAGCGAAGCGCAGAAGAUUGCAGACUACAAUAACAUUAAACUCUCCGGGAACAACCCGUACACUACGGUCACUCCGCAGAUCAUCAACUCCAAGUGGGAAAGGGUCCAGCAGCUGGUGCCAAAGAGGGACCACGCCCUGCAAGACGAACAGAGCAAGCAGCAGUCCAAUGAACAUCUGCGCCGGCAAUUUGCUAGCCAGGCCAACAUUGUGGGGCCUUGGAUCCAGACCAAAAUGGAGGAGAUCGGGCGCAUCUCCAUUGAGAUGAACGGGACCCUGGAGGACCAGCUGGACCACCUGAAGUUGUAUGAGCAGAGCAUCGUGGAUUACAAGCCCAACAUCGACCUCUUGGAGCAGCAGCACCAGCUCAUCCAAGAGGCCCUCAUCUUCGACAACAAGCACACCAACUUCACCAUGGAGCAUAUCCGUGUCGGGUGGGAACAACUACUCACCACCACAGCCCGGACCAGCAACGAAGUGGAGAACCAAAUCUUGACCCGGGACGCCAAGGGGAUCAGUCAGGAGCAGAUGCAGGAGUUCCGGGCCUCCUUCAACCACUUCGAUAAGGACCACGGCGGCUCCCUGGGACCCGAAGAGUUCAAAGCCUGCCUCAUCAGCUUGGGAUACGAUGUGGAGAAUGACAGACAGAAGCGCACGGGCAGCAUGGACACAGACGACUACCGAGCCCUGCUUAUCUCCACGGGAUACAGCCUGGGAGAUGCAGAAUUCAACCGGAUCAUGAGUGUCGUGGACCCCAACAACAGCGGAGUCGUGACUUUCCAAGCCUUCAUCGAUUUCAUGUCCCGGGAGACCACAGACACAGAUACAGCCGACCAGGUGAUUGCCUCCUUCAAGGUCCUGGCUGGAGACAAGAACUACAUCACGGCAGAGGAGCUGCGGCGAGAGCUCCCCCCAGACCAGGCCGAGUACUGCAUCGCCCGCAUGGCACCUUACCAGGGCCCCGACGCCAUCCCCGGCGCCCUCGACUACAAGUCCUUCUCCACGGCGCUUUACGGCGAGAGCGACCUGUGAGCGUAGAGAUGGAGGCAGCGGCGGCAACAGCAAGCGCUGGCGCUUUUUGGGGGGAGGGGGGGCGACGCUCUGGU